AUGCGACAGAUCAAAUUCCCAUCACGUUUGGCGAGGGAUAAAGAUCGGCCACCUGAUUUCCGGAAGGAGUCAGCAGGUGCUCACCUUCUCAGAAAGUUCCGAAGUCGUACCAAAAUUAUCGAUUCCGAAAGGACGCGCUAUAGAGGUGAAAAACUCUCCGAAUUUACUCCCCUGAUUUCCAACCGUCGUAUCGGACCGUUGAGCUUGGAUGUUGCUCAGCGUAAUAAGCCCGUUGAGGAGCCUCCCGAGUUGGACACAUUUUUCAUACCGGGAAUACAGGAGACUCUCUAUACUAACGAACAAGUGGCUGAGGCUUUCAGAAGUAUCGAUGCGGAUCGGAAAGGCUACCUUGAUGAAUCUGAUUUACGACAUAUCUUGGCUCUAUCAGGCGAGACGGUCACUGGUGAGGAGAUACAGGAGAUGAUCCGAAUGCUCGAUCAUCACGGCACUGGUCGUGUUAGUUACCGGGAGUUUGCAGAGCUGUUUUUGAAGCCGCCGUUGGUGUUCCGUAAUGUGGAGUUGGAGGAGAGGACUAGGCAAAGCAUGCCCUUGGGAGAUUAUAAUGCGAAAUACGGCUACAACGAUGCAUUUGAGAUGGAGAUAGCAGAGGCGGUAGAAGCAGAGCGGAGGAGGGUUAAGGAGGCUCGAUUCGUGGGGGGACUUACUAGAGAUUCCCGGCGUGAAAUUCUAGCGGCUUUCACAGAGGGAAGCGAGGCGGAAAUUAGUGUGAAACCGUCGCGGAUUAAGGAGAUUUUCCAUAAGUUCCAGGAGAUCGAUAAAGAUGGGUCGGGGAGAAUCGACUAUGCUGAGUUUAGGGAGGCCCUGGGGAAGGAGGAUACGCCGAUGUUACGACGGCUCUUUGGUAUAUUUGAUUUGGAUGGGUCGAGGGAGAUAGAUGUAAAGGAGUUCAUUGUGGGGUUAUCAACGCAUACUGAUGCUACUCCGAAGGACAGGCUGAGGUUCGCCUUCAUGAUGUUCGAUGAAGAUGGCAGUGGCUAUAUUGACAAGGCUGAGCUUAUCAAGAUUCUAAGAGUUAAUUCGCCAGGUGACAUUUCUGAAGCAUGGUUGGAGCGGCGAGCUGAGGUCCUCUAUGGUGAAAUCAAUCUUCCUUCUGGUGCUAAAAUAUCUCUGGAAAAGUUCACAGAAUUGGCAGAGUUAAAUCCCCAGUUAUUGAUACCAGCAUUCCGGGAACUUAGGGAGGUUGAUGUGGGAUUUAAUUUAUCGGGAGACUCCAAGUCGAAGCGGAGAGGGAAGCAUAAAUCCCUAUUUAUUUUUGACUGGGAUGAUACAUUAUUCCCCACUACAGCCUUCCUGGGCGCCAUGACUGGCCAUGCUGGUGUCGAACGUGAGGCCGAAUUACUGUCCUGCUUGGAAGCCGCUGAAAAGGUCCUACGGGAUGCAGUGUCGAUGAGCAAUGGCAACAAGGUCCAUAUAGUAACGGCCGCGAACCCAGCAUGGGUGUAUAAAUGUGCUAGGAGAUCCGCCUCUGGCAUUCUACCACUCAUUGAUGGUAGCAACCCUAAGGUCGAGGUAAAGAGCACUACUGGUUUGGCGAGUAAGGCUCGGUCCAUGGCUCGGGCGUUGAGCUCUCGUAAUGGUGGUGGCCAUACCAAUGCUGAGUACGUUAGCUUGGUAUUGAUCGGCAACAGUAGAUGCGACCUCAAUCCGGCGAGGCUGCUGUCGAGGCUUAUACCCCAGAGCUACGUGAAGUGUGUGAAGAUGAAAUCAAUUCCCUCAGUGGAAGACUUAUCCAAGCAGUUGUCGAAGCUCAGUGCUGUGCUCCCUCGUAUUGUCGCUGAGGAGGCUCAUAAGACCUACGUCAUGUGCCCAGAGGAAGCAACGGCUCUCAGAAGAGACGCUGUGAAGAGGCUCGUACCUAGUCGUUACGCUGGAAGCGAUGAUAGCGUCAGGCAACGACUUCGUAGUGAUGCGAGUACGUCUGCUGGGAGUGAAGUGAAUUAG